GAGCAGCUGCCAGGGUGGGUGAGGGCUGAGGUACUUGCCUGCAGAGAGGCUGGGACACUUAAAUGUGUUCAGCCGUGUUAAGGGACAGUUGAGGGAGAUCUUAUUGUUCUCUUCAGCUAUAUAGCGAGAGGGUGUGAAGAAGACAGAAAUAAUCACAUCAAAGGCUUGCACUAGAGGAGUAACAGCCAGUAGUUGCAACUCACAGAAUGAGAGCUCUCAGGGCCAAAAAGGCUUGCAGUAUAUUAUUUUUAAUGAAGGAAUCUGUACCAGGUAUUCAUUCACAGGACAAAGAUCUGGUCUGCUUUCCAACUUUAAAAGUAAAACCACAACCUGUGUACUAAAUGUAGAGAAAAUUUCAUCUGCAGUAUUCAUUUCUAAUUUAAAAGUUGCAAUGUUCUGAGCUUAGAAUGAAGUGAACCUGAGACUCCAAAGACCUACAAAGAUUAUGUAAAAUCACUAACAGAUGGUUUGUCUCUUUUUGAUAUAUUAGAUAAUUAAAUGAAAGUGGGCAAGCUGUUUUGUUAAUAUAUAAAAUACUAGUAUUUCAAAGAGACGGUGUGUGUAGCUUAGUUACCAACUUCCUGGUGGGCUCUCCUGAUUUCAGGAAUACAGCAAACCUCAAGAAAACCCCAUACCCAAGUGACAGGUAGUCUGAUAGGCUGCUGUGCAGCUAUUUUCUCUUAAUUUAUUUUUGAACUUGCAUUUGCAGCUACAGUAACCUACUUACUAUAGAGUCUGCCUAUUGUUGCUGCUUGUCAGUUCUAUUAAAAGCCUCUCCAGAAAGUAAGAAAGAAUUAUACACUAAGUGUGUCUCAGCAAACCGUAUUUGCCAGCUCGGUCUUUCUUGCUUCUUAACUUUAAAAUCUGGAUGAAGAUUUGGACCUGAACACACUUCUCUAUCUUUUAUCCCAAUAAAUUGUAAGGUUGAAAGUCAUGCAGAAAAUCUGCUGCUGGCAGCUCCCUCGAGGAAGGCUCCAGUCCAAAAUGACAACUGCAGCAGCAUGCUACAGGCACAGGAAUUGUCUCUCAAACAUAACCCUGUGAAGCCAUUUAGGGCUACACAAAAUCCAACCAACACCUUGAACUCCGUCCAGGAACCCUGGAGAUUAAGGAGCUCUGUUGCCAGCAGCAUGACCUGGAACACAACCUGUCCGUGUUGCUAGAUGGUUUGAGAAGCCUAUUUUCCUCUGACACUCCUUUCAAACUCUUAAUAAUAGCGUGGCACAGAUAAAAGAUGGGAAGUUGACUAGUGAAGUCUCUUAAAUUUGUAUUUAAAUGAAGAGAAUACUUCUUUUCACUUAACCAUGUUAGUUUUGUUAGAGGAUUUUCUUCUGACAGAACAAAUUUGAAUAGAAGUACUUUGCUAAGCAUGACGGCGUACACUUUGUACAGUUGUAGGCAUUGUCUGGACGCCCAAUAUUGUCACAAGGAAAGUUAAUUAGGCAGUUCAGAUUUUCAUGUUCAGAAAACACCCAGACAGCGUGACUCAUUUUGGAAGUGGGAAGAGAUCAAAUCCAACAUGUAUCACCGGAAACUUCUUUUUGGCUCUAGAGUGAUUUGUAGCUUGGUGUCUCUCCUUCAAUUCAUAAGUAAUAAUAAUUUAAAAAGUUACAACUUUAACAGUGUAGUCUUUGGCAGUGAUCUUAAACUAAUUGUCCUCUGGUUUGUGGCAGAGAUGUGCAGUGUUGCCCUGUUGUCAGUGGCUCGGCUGCCAUCUGGGGGCACGCAGGGGCUUUGGGCAUCUUCUGUCCUGCAGCCGCCUGGAAAGCUUUCUGAUAGAGCUGGAAGGCCUAGAGUGAAAGUGGCUUUUCUUGGUUUUCUUUAGCAAGCCAGGUAAAAACAAGAUAGACUCUUCAGUCUAGGAUUUGGUAACUAUUAGUGGGUGAUUUUUCUAUUUUUUCUUUUUUUAAGGUUUUUUAAUCUGGGUUUUCUUAAUAACUUAAGAUAUUUUAGGCGCUUGCACCACCAGAAAAGGUGGACAAAAAUAUAAGGUAUUGCAUUACAGUGCAGUUCUAAAGAAAAUGAACAGAACUAUUAGACUUGCACUCAGCACUAGUGAUGGCUGUUGUGUUUUUCCAUAUUUACAUUUUUAAAAGGAAAAAAAAAGACUUUUUUUUUUUUUUCUUUCUGUCAGAAUCUGUAUCAGGGCACAAUGCAAUUCAAGAUUCACAGUAUUGCGUAGGCCUCACAGUCUUUUACUCCUGUGCAAAUUGGAAGACAUGUUGAAGAGAGUCCAACAAAGGGGCACCAAGAUCGUUCAGGGACUGGAGCAUCUCUCCUGUGAGGCUGAGAGCUGGGACUGCUCAGCUGAGAAGGGGAGGCUCUAGAGGAUCCAAUCAAUGUCUAUAAAUCCUUGAAGGCAGUGCAGUGAGAACAGAGCCUGGCUCUGCUCAGUGGUGCUCAGUGGUGCCCAGUGCCAGGAUAAGAGGCAGUAAGUGCAAACUGGAACACAGGAGAUUCCCUCUCACCACCAGGAGCACUGCUGUGCUGUGCAGGUGAUGGAGCACUAGCACAGGCUGCACGGAGACUCUGGGGUCUUCUUGGAGGUCUUCCAAAGCCACCUGGACGUGGCCCUGGGCACCCUGCUCUGGGUGUCCCUGCUGGAGCAGGACUUGGGUCAGAGACACCCAGCGGUCCCUUCAAACCUCAGUGAUUUCAUGGUGCUGUGGUUCCAUGGAGAAGCAUUGCUCUAGUUUUGUGCUCAGUCCAUACUGAUCGUUGGGCAGGCAUAUAUCAGAACCUGCAGGCCACCUGGACCCCUUUGAAGGUUAUGGCCUGGAGAGGAAUACCUCUCUGCUUUGUUGAAUGUUAAGUGUAACUACAGGCAGCUGAGCCUUCUUUCUGGAAGUGAAAUAACUCCUUGCCACUUGUUUCAUUGUUUUUGGAGAUGGUUUUAUAUGUUAUUCUAUAGAGAAAUUGUACUACAUUUUAAAAUGUGUUUGAUGCUUGUAAUUAUUUUUUUAAAGGCUAGGCAUUUUCCCUAGGCAAAGCAUUACUCAUCUUUAUCAUAACACCAGUUGUUUUUCUGAAUUCCAGGGAGUUUUUGCUGGUCAUUUAAUUCAUUCCUCUGCAUGGAAUGGUGGUGGGUUUUUGUUUGGUUUAGUGACCAUGUGGGUACAGCCGUGAGCACCAUUUGCCAUUCCUCAAAACUAAGCAGCCUUCUUUCCAAGUGUUACACUUGAGAUAGUUGGUACCACUCCAGUUGCUAACUGAUAAAGAGGAAUUUUUGUUUUACUUCCACUUCCUGAUCUGAAAUACAAGCACUUCCCUUGCAGCUCCCCAGGACAAUAGUAAACGUAGGAUAUUUUGCUGUGACGCAGCAGUGGGCUUUGUCUCAGUAUACAACCUUUGUCUCUAUUUCAUACAUGCAGUGGUAUGUGAUUGAUUUAACUUGUACAAUCUAUUCUUGCAAAUGCAUCGUUUAUAACUGGAUGCUUAGCAUAAAGUUCUGCAAUAAAAGUUAAUGAAAUGCUGUAAUAGGACAAGCUGUCUUUCUGAUUGCUGCAACAAUACCACUUGAGUUACAGAAUGACCAUUUUGUAUGCUCGCAUAAAAUCAUUUCUUCUUAAAAAGCGGCUUUGUUUUCAUGUUUGAAAUGAGAAGAGUUGGCUGCAAGUAGCAGCUAUCUUUUUUUCUUUCUGAUUUUUGUUUAUAGUAGCAUUUCCCCAGUAAAUUCAGCCUACGCCACCUGAAUUUCCCAGGUGCUGCAGCUCUCUCCUCAGGCCCAUGGGACCCCUCAGCCAUGCAGUUCAGCCCAGUUCCUGAUUGUCCUGCCAUGUCCAGCCAGCCAGCUUGCAGCUUUGUGUUUCCUUACUCUUCAAUCAGAUGGUAUUAGGGACCUGAUGAGCACUGUUUGUGAUGUCUGAUCUUUAGGAAUCUCAAAAAAUAGGUGUUUGGAGCUUCCUGAAAGAGCUGCCAAAUGCUUUAUUUUGGUGACUGGAUUUAAUUUACUGACUGUGUUCUAAAGGUUGCACAACUAGUCAAGUUAUUGGAUUUGCAGGUUUUAGGCAAGCAGAGCUUACUUUGUUCAUUUGCAUCAUGUAUUCCGAGUGAUGCUGUUGUAGCCUAUCACAGAUGAGAUGGGAGAUCCACAUCGUUUCUGACUAAGGUUUCUUUGUUGACCACCUCAUUCACAGUUGGAAAGCUUUGCUGUUGUUGCAGACGUGAUUUAAUAGGAUGAUGUGAUGUCUUGUAAGCCUUGGGCAGCAUAACCUUUAGGGAUGAGCGGAGAAAAUUCUUCAGGUACAGCUCUUGGGUAUAGGUGAGCUGGGCUGGCUUCUUAUUUUGCCUGUAGGAGUUUUAAUAUGCUUAACGUUAUCCAAUACCAGCAAUGGAGGUAGUCUAAAUACCGCAGCAGGGUCUGAUUAGCUUUUUCAGAUCACUGCUUUUAUUUGCUGUUCGCAAAGAGGCUUAAUCCAGUGCUGGAGAUCAGGCUUCCCACUGGGCUCGUGGGUAGCUUUCUCUUGGCCUUUGUGCUACAGUGGCAGAAAUCAGUGAGGAGCUCCUCCUGCAACCAACUGAAGGGCUGUGAGGCAGCGGCUCUCUGGCCAUGGGCAGUGCAACCCAGGAAAAGCAGAGCGUGGGCUUCUGCUGGGCAGUGUGUUAGCUGAGUGUGUGAUGCAGCCAUCAGUGCAGUAGCAUGAUGGCAUGGGAUUUCAGUAUUUUUAAUUGAGCCUCAAGCCUUGCUGCUAUUAUAUGGCACAGUCUGUGUGCUGUGGGGCCUGUUGGAUUGGGACGGGUAGGCAAGGCUGAGUUUGGGUUUAGGUUUCAUUGGGGCUUACCUCCAUGAAAAUAAAACAGAACAUACAAUGUGCUGGCUGUGGCCAAGCUCCUGAUUUCCCGGCAAGCAUUGCAUCACUGCAAAGCAACAGGAAAAUCUUGACAUCCUGAGCAGGGCUAUGAAAUAACAGGGAAAGAAGCUUUGUUACAAACGAAUAUGAGUGGCUCCCAGACAAAGGGUGCUUCUCAGUGCCUUUCUAUCAAGUGUCCUAAUGUUUCAGUGCCGCUGCGUAAAAAUACUCUUUGUUCCAUGUAUUAAUAUUAUUUGGGGUUGCUUUAAUCAAUUUUGCCUUCCAGCAAAACUGAAAUACACCCACAAAUCCUGCUAUAGCUCUGCAUUAGUGCACAUCUAUUACACUUAUUGACCGAUGUACAAAAGUGUCAGGAAAUUCAGAAGGCAGUUUCUGAAUACUUUUCAUUGCUUAGUGUGAGCUCCUUUCAUAGCUCUUCACACGUUGUACCAAUAUGAUUAAUUUUGCUAACGAGAAAAGGGGAACGCAAAUAGCUAGUGAUGGAUUUGCUUCUCUUCAAUAUACAAAGGAAGUUUCCUGAAUAGCCUUUAUAUUUCUGAGGAGCGUUUUUUUAUAUUAUCAUUAUUAUGAUAGAACUCACAACUUUUACCACUUAAAAAUAAUUCUUUUCUUUGUUUCAUGAAUUAGAAACAAUGAGGAGAAGCCAAAGUCUGCCCAAGCCAGGUGUUUCUUGUUGGCAGCCUGCUCCCUAAUGACUCUGGCUCUCAUACAGCAGCUGCCUGCUAGCCUCCUUUGUAUGGCCCAUUGUUGCUGCACACCCCUCGUUAAUACACAUGCUGCCCGGGGCAGCCCCUGUGAAUGACAUCAACUUGCUUAUCUUAGAAACCCCAAACCUGAUGCAGGGCGGGGAGGUUGCCUUGCAUCUGCCUAGCCAACUAAUUGUGAGCACCGUGGGUUGUGAUUGGCUCCCCUUCCUCUCGGUAAUAGGUUAAGCAAAGACAUUGCGGGUCCAUCUGUUCGUCCAUUCAUUGUUCUGCUCGCUCGCAUCAAGUCUGCAGCUGAAAUCGUGUUAAGGAGUUGCUUCUGGAACAGCUACAAGAAACCAAUGCCUGUGUGCUUUCCAGCGAACGAAUACGGAGCGCUUUAUAUUCAGGAAUACAAGAAGAACAGCAAAGUGGAGUCAAGUACAUGCAGCAGCUUCAUGGGCUUGAAGGAUCAUCUAGGGCGUGACUUAGGCCAUCUUUAUGUGGCGAGCACUGGCACACAAAUAAAUGCAAUUGUACCUUGGUCAAUGGCGGAGAAGCCGACAAUGGAUAAGGUUAAUUCUAGGAAAGAGGAUGUAGACAAGGAGGCAUCUGAGGAGACUUCGGGAAGCUCCAGCUGUGACUCUGAAGAAGGCACAAAUUCCGAUAAUGAUUCAGAAAGACUGAAUAAUUCUGCAUCAGAAUCACAUUUAUUGCCUAAGACUCACCGACAGCUGUGCCGAUCUCCUUGUUUAGAGCCUCAUAUACUAAAAAGAAAUGAAAUUUUGCAAGACUUUCGGAUAGAAGAGGCUCAGACAGUACCGAAGGAAGUCGAAAAGCCCCCUGAUGUGGUGAAAGAAUAUCAAACCAAACUGGAGUUUGCACUUAAGUUGGGUUACUCUGAAGAGCAGGUUCAACUUGUACUAAAUAAACUUGGUACUGAUGCUUUAAUAAAUGAUAUUUUGGGAGAACUUGUCAAACUUGGGAAUAAAACUGAGACUGAUCAGUCUGUAACUAAUGCUAACACUAGUGUAAUGCGUGAAACGUCUUCCAUAGAGUCUCAGAGGUCAGAAUCUCCACUGCAGGAGGAUGUGACAGAGGAUGGUGACAACCUGAGGCCAGUAGUUAUUGAUGGCAGCAAUGUUGCAAUGAGCCAUGGGAACAAAGAAGUCUUUUCUUGUCGAGGGAUCAAAUUGGCAGUAGAUUGGUUUUUGGAAAGAGGCCACAAGGAUGUCACCGUGUUCGUGCCAGCGUGGAGGAAAGAACAGUCAAGGCCUGAUGCCCUUAUCACAGAUCAAGAAAUCUUGCGUAAAUUGGAGAAAGAGAAGAUUCUUGUAUUCACACCAUCCCGCCGAGUGCAAGGGAGAAGGGUGGUGUGCUACGAUGACCGAUUUAUAGUGAAGCUGGCCUUUGAGUCAGAUGGCAUCAUUGUUUCUAAUGAUAACUACAGGGAUCUAGCAAAUGAAAAGCCUGAGUGGAAGAAGUUCAUAGAUGAACGCUUGCUAAUGUAUUCGUUUGUUAAUGACAAAUUUAUGCCUCCUGAUGAUCCUCUUGGCCGCCAUGGCCCAAGUCUGGAUAAUUUUCUUAGGAAGAAGCCUAUUGUGCCAGAACACAAGAAGCAGCCGUGUCCAUAUGGGAAGAAAUGUACCUAUGGACACAAAUGCAAAUACUAUCACCCAGAAAGGGGAAAUCAGCCUCAGCGAUCUGUAGCUGACGAACUUCGUGCCAUGUCUAGAAGUACAGCUGCCAAAACUACAAGUGAAGGAGGACUGGUAAAAAGCAAUAGUGUUCCCUGUAGCACUAAGAAUGAUGGCACUUCUGAGCUUAAGCGUGCCACUCCGAAGAGGCAAUCGGAUCCUAGUAUAAGGACUCAAGUCUAUCAAGACUUGGAGGAAAAGCUUCCCACCAAAAACAAAUUAGAAACCAGGUCUGUACCUUCGUUAGUUAGCAUACCAAGCUCCUCUGCUGCAAAACCCCAAAGUACUGCACCUUUAACCAACGGCCUUCCAUCUGGAGUUCAUUUUCCACCUCAGGAUCAAAGACCACAGGGACAGUAUCCUACAGUGAUGAUGGCAACCAAAAAUCACGGAACACCAAUGCCUUACGACCAGUAUCCAAAAUGCGAGUCUCCGGUGGAUGUAGGGUAUUACUCUAUGCUGAAUGCAUAUUCAAGUCUGAGUAUAUCUGGUCCACGCAGUCCUGAAAGGCGCUUCUCCUUGGACACAGAUUACAGGAUUAGCUCUGUAGCUUCUGACUGCAGUAGUGAAGGGAGCGUCAGCUGUGGCAGCAGCGAUUCCUAUGUGGGUUACAGCGAUCGCUCGUACAUGAGCUCUCCUGACCCGCAGCUGGAGGAGAACUUGAAGUGCCAACAUAUGCACCCGCAUGGCCGCCUUAACUCUCAGCCAUUCCUACAGAGCUACCACGAGCCUCUAACACGAGUGCAAAGUUACAGUCACGAAGAACCAAAGCAUCACCACAAACCUCCAAUUCCGUAUAUGGCUGUGCAUUUCCAGCAUCCAACCAUCGGUGCUCGUUCUAGUUGUCCAAAUGACUACUCUGCAUCUCAGAGUUCGUCGCACUCAAAGACCGUGCACAUGGGGAGAGCCCUUGUGUCCACGAGGAUAGAUAGCAUUUCAGACUCACGUUUGUACGAUAAUUCUCCGUUGAGACACAGAAAGCCUUUUGCUGGCCAAGAUGGGCUGGGAAGCUGGGACAGGCAGGGCUAUGGGAUGGAUGCCUACGGCUACCGUCAGACCUACUCUCUGCCCAGUAACCCCACACAGCCGUGUUACGAGCAGUUUGCCUUCCAAAGCUUACCGGAGCAGCAGGACCCGACGUGGCGUGUACCGUACUGUGGAAUCCCUCAAGACCCCCCGAGGCACCAAGACACCAGGGAGAAGGUGUACAUCAACCUGUGCAACAUCUUCCCCCCCGACCUCGUGAGGAUUGUCAUGAAGAAGAACCCUCACGUGACAGACGCUCAGCAGCUCGCCGCAGCCAUCUUAGUGGAGAAAUCUCAGCUAGGUUAUUGAGAUGAUGCAUCUUUGUGGUGUCCAGUAGUUUUCAGCUCAGCUCUAACGCUGAGGGAGGUUUGCUACAAUAGCAUUUGGGAUCUCCUUCUCAGCAAGGAGGUUAUAUAGUAAUCCAUUUAUGUGAAAUACUGUAAUACGGAGUCUGUAUGUAGAGCCCCAUGCAUCAGAGUACCUGAUAUGUUUUGUGUUCUAGUUUGAAAAUUUUUUAAAGGCUAUUUUCAUGUCUGGAGAAAGCUCCAGUUUAAAUUAAUAUAUAGAGAGAUAUAUAUACAAAAAUCUGUGGUCUCUGGUUAUAAUCUUUGGUGCAUCAGGGGUUUAUAUGCAGCACUUUCUAUCCUUGUUACAUGUUGUUGCGAUUUUGGGAUUUGUUUUUUAACUUGCUGGGUGUUCGUCCUGCACGGUGUUAAAACAACCUGCAGAGAGAGGGUUUUGCUACGUCCAGCAGACAAUUUUCAAGCCAAGUUUUUGAACUUUUUACAACACCGUGUUUGUUUGUUUGUGGGCUUUUUUGUGUGUGUGCUAUAAUCUAUUUAUAGGAAACAAAGAUUUACUACAGCACUGACUUUAUUUUUUAAACAGAUAAUUGAGUUACCACGAACGGUGAGAUGGGUAACCUUAUAUUAGUAAUUUAUAGCAUGGCACUUUUCACUGCUUCCUUUGUUUUGUUUAAAUAGUUACAUGUUCGUUGAUGCAGUUGAUUGGUAAGAUCAAAUGCAAUCAGAGGAAAAAUACUUUUUAUUUUUUCUUUUUUUUUUUUUUUUUGUUUUUUUACUAAUUUAUGGCUAAGGUGAAAGCCUUAUUGCUUGGUUUUCAAAGGUGCUGAGAAUUUGCAGCCCCCUUUGAGCCCAGCAGAGACUGCCAACACUCGGUACCUCCAAGAAACAGGCCGCCUUGCUCCCAUCCCCACGUGCUGUUCCUGGUCAGUAGAAAGGGGCCUGACUUGCUAGGGUUCUGUUUAGAUGUUUCCUGUGUCUUUCUUUGUAUUGCUGCACAAGUGUACCGGAUAAAAUACGCUUUUCAUAAAAUAUUUACCCGUUUUUAAAUGAA